ACGGUAAUAGCUGAGGGUAGCGCCUGUUACAUCAGCUGUAGCUGCAAAGUUCCUGCCUGCUUUGGGCUAGUAUCUCCCUGCUGAGUCUCGCAGUAUUACAGCGGUUGGGGAGUCCUUGCAUGGGUCUCUUGCCUUUUUGCCUUUUCUCUCCUUCCUUCGUCUCUUCCUCUUCUCUUUCCAGGAGAGCUGAUCACGAACCUGGAGCUCGCCGUAGUGGACGGCUGAGCCUUUGGUUUCUGGGGAGCCGGGACUAUUGAGACGGACAGAAAGCAGGUUCCCUCCCUGGUCAGAGGUAGGAGGCGGAGGCUGCGGCGGCUGGACUGGUCCAGGAUCGGCCCUCGCGGAGACGCUCCGGCUGGCUGCCUCCCACCCUGAGCGCCUGAUGCUGCGCCCUGUUACCGCAGACUAGAAGGUUUCGGGGAACAGAGCCGAGCCGCGUCCAGCCCCAGAACCACCGCGGACUUCUCCAGAGUUUCCUCCCAGCUUGCUUGUUCAUCCCUUGGAUGGGGGACAUGCUAUGAAGCCAGUGUCCUAGGAGGGGCGGCAAGGGUCUGGAGGGGUUCCUCCCCCGCUUCCUUUUCCCUACAGAUGAGUCCAGGAGUUCUGCGGUCUUGGGGAGGAGGAACUCGUGGCCAGAAUCGAAGGGCUGUCCACGCCCCUUGACCCUGACCUGGAGCCCUUGAGACUGAGGCUUUGGGAUCGUGAAAGGCCCAGUCAUUCGCGAACGUGGAGGCGGGUUGUGGGUCGCGGUAGACUUCGUUUAUUUGGGUUUUUAAUCUUUUAUUUUAUGGGCUACUGAAUCUUCACUUCACCAGGCGAGUUAGAAAGUGGAGAACACGAAAAUCUCCUUUAAUUUAACUCCCGCCUUCCCCCAUCCUCAUUCCCAAGUCCCUAUUUCGAAAUGCCUUCCCCACCCUAAAAACUUCCUUCAGAAGAGGCAGCUCUCAGACUCCGGUGGAGCUGUGGCUAAGGAGCAAGGGGCCCCUGCUUUCCUGGCUUCAGCGGGGUGGGGUCAGGAGUGGAGGGGGCCGGAGGCGGAGGGUCCUGCAGUUCUGACCAUGCCUCCUCGAACUGCCUUCUGUUUACCUCUGCCUCAUGUGGCUUCCCAAGAUAAGUUUGGUUCGCUUCUGACCGCCCGUUUCGUCGGUUUUCUUAGCCAAGCCAAGCCCCUGAACUCCUAGGAGACUUAAUCUUCUGCUCAGCUGAUCACCUGACAGCCUCCCACUCCCCAGUGAACUCUUCUGUGACCCUUUAGAACGAGAUCUCGGAUUUUGCCUGGGCGGUGUCCGGGGGACCAUGGUGUUUCUCCCAGAGAAUGCCUCGGACAGCUCCAAUUGCACCCAUGCCCAGGAGCCCGUGAAUAUCUCCAAGGCCAUUCUGCUGGGAGUGAUCUUGGGAGGUCUCAUCCUUUUUGGGGUGCUGGGAAACAUCCUGGUGAUUCUCUCAGUAGCCUGCCACCGGCACCUCCAGUCUGUCACCCAUUACUACAUCGUCAACUUGGCUGUAGCUGACCUACUUCUCACCUCCACAGUGCUGCCCUUCUCAGCCAUCUUGGAGAUCCUUGGCUACUGGGCCUUUGGCCGGAUUUUCUGCAACAUCUGGGCAGCUGUUGAUGUCCUGUGCUGCACUGCCUCCAUCAUGGGCCUGUGCAUCAUCUCCAUUGACAGGUACAUUGGGGUCAGCUACCCACUGCGUUACCCCACUAUUGUAACCCAGAAAAGAGGACUCUUAGCCUUGAUGUGUGUCUGGGCACUCUCUUUGACCAUCUCCAUUGGACCUCUCUUUGGCUGGAAAGAGCAGCCCCCAGAGGAUGAGACCAUCUGCCAGAUCACUGAAGAGCCGGGUUACGUGCUCUUCUCAGCCCUGGGAUCCUUCUACAUCCCCUUGACCAUCAUCCUGGUGAUGUAUUGUCGAGUGUACGUGGUGGCUAGGAGGGAAAGCAAGGGCCUCAAGCAUGGCCUGAAGACAGACAAGUCAGACUCGGAGCAGGUGACGCUCCGAAUCCAUCGAAAAAAUGCUCCCUCUGCCAGCAGCUCUGGAGCCAGCUCCAAGAACAAGACACAUUUCUCCGUGAGGCUUUUAAAGUUUUCCAGGGAGAAGAAAGCGGCAAAAACCCUGGGCAUUGUGGUGGGCUGCUUCAUCCUCUGCUGGCUUCCUUUCUUCUUAGUGAUGCCGAUUGGGUCUUUCUUCCCUGAAUCUAAGCCCUCGGAUACUGUUUUUAAAAUAGCCUUUUGGCUCGGAUACUUAAACAGCUGCAUCAACCCCAUCAUCUAUCCUUGUUCCAGUCAAGAGUUUAAAAAGGCAUUCCAAAAUGUCCUGAGAGUCCAGUGUCUCCGAAGAAAACAGUCCACAAAACACGCCAUUGGCUAUACCCUCAACCCACCCAGCCAUGCCAUAGAAGAGCACAAGGACUUGGACUUUUAACCCUGAAAACACCUUCAAACAGCUCCAGCCAGAGCCACUGACGACACUCUAUGCAUCUGUUCCUUGCCCACAAACUUGGUCAUGGAGCAAGGCUGAUCUCAGCCUGCUUUGACUCCCACCAUCUUCAUAAACAAUGCUGGCCAUGAGCCCUAUGUCCCUCCAGAGCCUCUGCAAGAUGGGUGAGUGGAGAUCACAGUUUGCAUUUUUGCUGGUGGGGGUGGCAAGAGCCAGUGGCCACAGAGGGACCUGGUAACUGAGUUAAGCUUCCUACAGAGGACACUCAAGCUCUCUGCAAAUGCUCAGCUCACCUCUCUCCUCUUCAUGUUCCCAAGAGCCCACUUGGUAAGGGAUGGCCACCAUACAAAAAGCCUUGUCUACACAACACAGGGAAGCUGUCCUACAAUAUUCUCUACUACUGAAGCAUGGAUAACUGGUACUCCAUUCCAAAUUGGUAUUAGGUAAAGUGGCCAGCAAAGAUGGCUUUUUGUUUUCCCCACAACCACCUUCAUCUAAAGGCAUUUGUUCAAAGUAGAAUGGCUUAGUUAUAUUUUCUCUGCCUCCUACAUCCAAGACAUGUGGUGAGAUGAGUGAGAAAAACAAACAAUCCUCUCAUUGUAACAUAGUCAGUCAUUCUGCUACUCAUCUUAUAUAGUGUUGUGUGUUGACAAGCAAUUGAAAUUGUCACUAGGAUAGACAAAAAGUGAAGCAAAUCUAAUAGUAAUCCAAAAAAAAAGAGUCCAGGACUAAAAUGAGCACAUAUCUAGGAAAUGAAAGGAUGAUAGGUUCAUAAAUUUAGGCCUGGUAGCCAUCUAGGCUAAACUCAUCAUUUACAUUCAAAGAUGAAGGACCCAAGGCCACACAUGUACUAAAAGACAGAACCAGCAUUUAAAUCCAGACACCAUGGUACAGAGGAAAGAACAUUGGUUUAUCAGGGGGGGAAAAGCCCCCCAAAAAGUAGAGGACACCAAGAAUAUUAAAUAAAUAAUUACAAUAAGUAAUUUUUUUAAAAAAGAAUGUUGGCCUAGGAGCCAACAUAUAUUCCACCCUCAGCUCUGCCACUUACUAUCUGUGUGUCUUUGGGAAAAUACUUUCAUCUUUUUGGAAUUUAGGUUCUUCAACUGUACUAUAUUGACAUUGCAUUGCAGAACCCCCAAGACAUCUUCUAGCUCUAAAUCUAUGACCCUAUUACCCUGUGGCACUGGGAUAUUAAUGAGUCAUUAAAUUGAACAAGUUAAUUCCAACAUAACAGUAUGGUACAACCCAAUUCAAUGCAAUACAGUGAAGAGAUUAGGUAAAUUUGAGUCUGUGAAAGUAGAAGAAAAGGCAGAAAGCCUUCAUGGCCUGAGCUCAUUAUUUUAAGUCUUUAGCCCUUACUUUCAUGUGUUUCCCAAGUUAAUAGGAAUACAGAUCUAGAGUUCUAUGGGACUUCAGAAGCAGGUCAUCUAGUUUAUUUUUUCUCCUUUUACAAAUGAAAAGAGUGAGGCAUUAAGUGAUUUGAGGAAGGUACCGAUAGUUGGAGGGCAAGGGAAGCAGAGAUUCACAAAAACACAGAAAGUCAGAGCUAAGAAGGACCUCAGAAUUGGUACAAUAUAACCUCUUCAUUUUAGGGAGAACAGAAUUCAGACCAAGAGAGAGGAAGACCCUUGCCCUCAGGUUAGUUGCUGGGCCAGAGGUUUCAAGGGUCACUUGUUAUUUGAAGGCCAAUCUCCUUACUCUCUCGAUUGCAAGACAACCCAUUUGCUCCCUUGAAAUUCCCAUUUCUCUCCUCCAUCUUUAGUAUUACUGCAUUCCAGACUAGUAUGUCAAGCAAUGUCUACCAUUCCCUGGCUGUGUGCUCUUUAGGUACACUUCUCUGUGGCCUCAUGAAAUCUUCUCCUGUUCUGCUGUGCACUCUCUUUUGCCCAAUUUCCUCCUCUUUACUUUCGUCAAGAGAGCUAAUUUCCCUGACAUAUUAGCACAAUCACCUUCAUAACCAUUCUUUUAUCAAACAAGCUUUAAGGGCCUACUAUAUGUGAUAAGCCCUGAGGAUGGCAAGGCAAAAAACCCAACCUGAAACACAAUCAUUUGAAUGUUGUCUCCCCAUUAGGAUAUGAGACCUUCCUGUUUUUGCCUUUUGUUACCCAUGCCUAGCCCACAGUAAGUGCUUAAUAAGUACUUCUUGGUUGAUUGGAACUCUCCCUGCACUCAAGAUGCCCAAAUUCUCCUGGGCAUGGAAGUGGUGAUGCAAGAUAGAUAGAUAGAUAGAUAGAUAGAUAGAUAGAUAGAUAGAUAGAUAGAUAGAUAGAUAGAUAAGGAAAUAUAAGGCAUUUGAGGAAAAUAAGAAUGUCAGGAAAGAUUGUUCCAGGAAGGCUUCAGAGGUGCCCAAGAUGAACUUAGAAGAGAAUUAUUGAUUCUGAGGCAGAGAUGAAGAGUAGAAUAUAUUCUAGCCAUGGGCAAUCCACAGAGGCAAGAAGGAGAAUAUCCAGUUUAAAGAACAGACAGCAGUCCCAUUUUACUAGAAUAUGAAGGGGAGAAGUGGGAAAUGAGCCUGAGAGUAUAGGAUGAAGCCUGAUUAUAAUAGGUUUGGAAUGCCAAGCUCAGGAAUUCAUAUUUUAUUCCAUAAGCAAAGGGAUAAGAGGGUGGAGACACUAUAGAAAAAGGGUAAGGGGAUGGCUAGGUCAUGCAGUGGAUAAAGCACUGGCCCUGGAUUCAAAAGUACCUGAGUUCAAAUCCGGCCUCAGACACUUGACACUUACCAGCUGUGUGACCCUGGGCAAGUCACUUAACCCCCAUUGCCCCACAAAAAAAGGUAGAAAGAGGGGUAAGUUACUAGUCCAGGAAAAGGAUAAUGAAGGCUAUGCUAGGAUGCUGGCUUCAGAAGUGGAGAGGAGAAAUUGGAGAUACUGCAUAAAGAGAACUUUGUUACUUAUCAGACAGAGGCAGGGGAGCAGUAGUGGUGAGGGAUCAGAUAGAACUAAAAUAUUCAUUCCAACUCUAAUGUAUUCAUCUAAGUUCCAGAAUCAAUGAAUCUCUAAGUUAGGUCAUCAAGUCCAAUCCAUACCUGAAAAACAAUGCCCUUGGGAAUGAACCUGACAAAUAGUGACCCAGCCCUUGCUCUAAAACUUCCAGGGAGGGAAAGCAUACUCUGCACAUAUAUACCACACACAUACACACACAUACAUACAUAUAGAUACAUAUAUAUAUAUAUAUAUAUACACACACACACACAUACACCCAGCACAUACACAUAUACAUGCAUACACAUGUAUACACAUAUAUACACAGGCAUGGAGGUUGCUUUUAGAAAUCUCUGAUUUUCCUCAUAUCAAGCUAAAUUCUUCCUCUCUGCAGCUUCUCCUUACUGCUUGUAUUUCUCCCCUCUGCGGCCAAGCAGAGCAAAUCGAAUCCUUCUGAAACCUGACAGUUCCUGAAAUACUUGAAGACAGUUCUCAAGUUUUCUCUUCUCAGUAUAAACACGCCUUUCCCAGUUCCUUCAAGUGAUGCUCAUGUGGUUGGGUCUGUGUACCCUUCAGCAUCCAGGCUUCCAUCCUCUGAAGGUUCUGUAACUAGUCAGAGGCAAAUCAAUACAAACUGACCAAAAAUAUUUCGAUAGGCUACAUGUGUCAAGAUCUCAAUCCUAACCUCUGGUUUCUCCAUUUGGUUUCUAGAUCAUGAAAUCAUGGGACCAUUGAUUUAGAGAUAAAGGGAAUGAUAGGAGCUCUCAAGUAUUAUUCUUUCAUUUUACAGAUGAGAAAACUGAGGCACAGAGCGGUGAGGUGACUUGCCCAAGGUCAUACAGAUAAUACCUAGCUGAGACAGGAUUUAUUGGACCAUGGCUCUAGAACUAGAAAGUCAUUUAGAAGUUGAAGGCCAGACAGGUCCAAGCCCCUCUUUUUAUAUAUGAGGAGUCUAAAACACAGAGAGAAUGACUUGUCCAGGACCACACAACCAGUUAGUGUCUGAGGCAAGAUUUGAAUUCAGGUCUUCUUGACUCCAGGUUCAGCACUCUGUUCACUACACCACUUAGCUCCAGAAUUUAAAUAUGAAAUGGGGAUGGCUACCUCCCAAGAUUUAGCCCAUCAUGACCCAAUCUGAACAUUGAUGUUCAGUCAUAUUCCUAGACUAUAUUUACCUUCUUAUCCCACAGUCUACUCCUAACUUUGGGUCUUAAACUUGGUAUAUGCCCUGAGUAAAUUUUGGAUAUGGAGUUCAAGGUCCGAUUCAGCCUUGUUUGGACAUACUUUAUCCAUAUGAAUCAUCUUUGGGGUUUCUAGAAAAGAUGUAUACUGGCUUGUUACAGGAUUUUAUUGGCCAUGUUUGGUGCAAGUAGAAAAUUAGAAUAUUCAACUCUUUAGGUGAACAUAGAAAUAAGAGAAAAGGAUUGGGAGUUCAGAGACUUUGAGAAAGUACUUUCUCCCUCCCUGGGACUUAGUUUCUUUAUCUAUAAAAUGAGGAGAUUGGACUGCAUGAUCUAUAAAGUCUCCCAGCUCUAAAAAUAUGAUGUAGAAUCAGUGAUCAAAGUUAAUGCUGUAGAAUCAUAGAUAGUAAAAUAUGAGUGUGCUCCAUCAUGAAUGUAAACUCCUCAUAAGUAGGAAUUGAUUCAUUCUCUGUAUUGUAUCUUUAGCACUCCAGUGCCUGAGAUAUGAGAGGUGCUUGAUAAAUGAAUAUCAAUCGAUUGAUUUUGGACCUGAAUUAAUACAGAUUUGUCUUACCUUAAAAAAAAAAGUCAGUUUACCCAGACCUGAACUUACAAACACAGAUAAAUGAGAAAGUGGGAGAUUUCAUAUAAUUAUAUAAAUUAUAUAUAAUUAUAUCAUAUUUUAUAUAAUUCUUUUGAGAUCAUGUUCUUCUAUCACUUGUAGCCAUAGAAUCUCUACAGGAAGAUCUUGGCAUUAAAACAUAGACUUUUGCUUAUCAUCGAAAGCCCUGCACAGUUUCCCAAGAUCUCCUCUGUACUUCUGUUAUUGACCCACAUCAUUAUCCACCUGAAAUGACCAGCCAAUAUAUAAUCACUAAUAUACUGGCUCAAUGGGUUGUCCAUCCAACUGGAUGUUGUAAUCUGGCCAAUAUGUACUUUUCAUCCACUUUAUUUUUCCACUGUGAAUGAAUGGGCUGAUCUAUGUCAUAUUAAUAUGAAUUGUCUACUUCAUGAAAGGAUUCUUCAUUUUCUACAAAAGGACAAAUAUUUACUCCACUCAGUUUCCCUCUAGUUUACCUCAUGGUAAACAAAAAUAUAAUUUGAUACCUCAUGGUGAAUGGAAGCAUGAAGUAUAAAUUUUAAGAGUAAUCUCAUUUCCCCAACCUCAGCAAAAAACAAUGAAGAAUGCUCCUUUUACAGAGCUAUUUUAUUUACUGGACCUGUAAUUUCAUUGAUAUUCUACAAGGAGGCUCACUCUAUAAAAGCUGAAUGGCACCCCUGCUGCAACUAUAGUUCAGUUUUCUGGGGCACUGUGAGGUCAAGAAAAGGCAGAGUUAUUCAAGAAAAUGCCUAAUAAAUAAAGUCAAUUAUACCUUAGAGGUUCAUUUUACAUCUGAGGCAGUGAAGCUCAGAAAGGUCAAAUAACUUUCCCAAGGUCACACUGCUAACACCUCAGAAAGAAGGCAACCCAAUCCACUGUUAUGGAGGAAAAAAGACAGAAACCUCAUUUGGUGUUAAUUGAUUUCUCAAGCCCAUGGCAAGAACCUAUCUCCACGAAAUUGGGUUCAUUCAUUUCUCAAUUUUGAAUUCUGAAUUCUCUUUUGUUUGUUAGUUUGUUUUAUGUUUGUUUUUUUCAUUUCUCAAAAGGAAUCCUGUGAUACUAUUAUUCCAGAAAAACUAGUUCAUGUGCUGUUCCCAAUAUACAACAUUUCAGUUCCUUCUUCUGUGUGUGUAUGUGUGGGUCUUCUUUUGGGGGGAAGGGGCAGUGAGGGUUAAGUGACUUGCCCAGAGUCACACAGCUAAUAAGUGUCAAGUGUCUGAGGCUGCAUUUGAACUCAGG